UGUACGUCACUGCUGCAGUAUGAGGCCCCGCCCACACCCGUCCACGGCAAAAUGGCGAUGGAGAACUGUGAUGCUGUGAACAUGGACCCUGAUAUGGACCUGCUCAGUGACGAAGAAUUAGAAAGGGAGGCUGAAGGCUUCAAAGAACAAGGCAAUGCCUUUUAUAUCAAGAAGGACUACGCUGAAGCGUUCAAUUACUACACCAAGGCCAUAGACAUGUGUCCAAAGAAUGCAAGCUACUAUGGAAACCGGGCAGCCACGCUUAUGAUGUUAUGUCGGUACAGAGAGGGUUUAGAAGACUCCCAGCAAGCGGUCAGACUAGAUAACAGCUUCAUGAAGGGCCACCUGCGAGAGGGCAAGUGCCACCUUUCCCUCGGCAAUGCUAUGGCUGCCAGUCGUUGUUUCCAGAGGGUUCUCGAGCUGGAGUCUGACAACAGCCAAGCCCAGCAGGAGCUGAAGAAUGCAGAAUCAAUCCUUGAAUACGAGAGGAUGGCAGAGAUUGGAUUUGACAAGAGAGACUUUAGGAUGGUUGUUUUUUGUAUGGAUCGUGCCUUGGAGUCAGCCGCAGCCUGUCACAGGUUCAAGAUAUUGAAAGCAGAGUGCUUAGCUCUGCUAGGACGCUACCCUGAGGCCCAGUCUGUUGCCAGUGAUAUCCUGCGAAUGGACUCCACCAAUGCAGACGCCCUGUAUGUGCGUGGGCUCUGCCUGUACUACGAGGACUGCAUUGACAAGGCGGUGCAGUUCUUCAUCCAGGCCCUGCGUAUGGCUCCUGACCAUGAAAAGGCUCGGCUUGCGUGCAGAAAUGCCAAAGCACUGAAAGCGAAGAAGGAGGAAGGGAACAAGUCCUUCAAGGAAGGAAACUUUGAUGCAGCCUAUGAGCUGUACUCUGAGGCACUAACAAUAGACCCCAACAACAUCAAGACCAACGCCAAGCUGUUCUGUAACAGGGCCACUGUUGGAUCCAAGCUGAAGAAACUAGAACAGGCCAUUGAAGACUGCACAAAGGCCAUUAAACUGGAUGAGACUUACAUCAAGGCCUAUUUGAGGAGAGCGCAGUGCUUCAUGGACACAGAGCUGUAUGAAGAGGCAGUGCGGGACUAUGAGAAGGUUUACCAGACAGAGAAGACAAAAGAACACAAGCACCUCCUGAAAAACGCCCAGCUGGAGUUGAAGAAAAGCAAGCGGAAAGAUUACUACAAAGUGCUCGGAGUGGACAAGAACGCCACAGAAGAGGAGAUCAAGAAAGCUUACCGCAAACGCGCACUUCUACAUCAUCCAGACCGUCACAGCAGCUCCAGUCCUGAGGUUCAAAAGGAAGAGGAGAAGAAGUUUAAGGAGGUGGGCGAGGCGUUCAGCGUACUCUCAGACGCAAAGAAGAAGGCUCGCUACGACAGCGGUCAGGAUCUUGAGGAUGAUGGCAUGAACAUGGGAGAUUUUGAUGCCAACAACAUAUUCAAGGCCUUCUUUGGAGGCCCUGGAGGCUUCAGCUUUGAAGGUAACAAAUCAUCUGGACCAGGAAAUUUCUUCUUCCAGUUUGGUUAAUUUGAGGACUUAUCUUCCUAAAAGUUACAACAUCAGGACUUUUCAACAAUGUCAACCCCCUGACCCACCAUCCAUAUUUAAUGACUGACUGAUUGCAAGUCAGACUUGUCUAUGCCAUUGACUGAAUGAAUGCAACCCAAUGACCACACGCAGCAAAUCUCACAUAGCUAUGGCACCAAGACGGCUCUGAGUUGAUAGCGGUUACUGGUUUUGGUUUUGGUUUUCUUCUUUGCAGGAUUAAACAAACUACCGAAAGUCGGUAAUGGCUAACAACUGCUCCAAAUUUCCUCUUCUGUUUGAGAUAGGAGAGAUUGUGCAGCUAUUGCAUCAGAGCUUAUAGGGAUCCAUGCAGGAAGUGACAUCCUGGGAAGCUCUUGAGAUGCAAAUUCAGCAACCUGUUACCCAGCUUGUCUCAACUUGAUGCUGAGGAGGUUUUUCUCUGCAUGAAAGUUGGUCACUUGCUUAAUGAUUUCUGAAGAAAAUCACUCAGCAAGCAGCUUCCCACUCAUUCUGAAGAAUCUAUCAGACCGGCUGCUAUGAAUUAGCAUUGCACACUACAACCUUAAAAGUUAGCCAGUAGGAUGAUUUUUAAUUUACAGUUAAAACCUAAACCUACACGAUCAGUCCGGCUGAAGCACAUGAGAAAGACGUCAGUGGAGACUGCUGUGCUGGCUUUAACGUCAGCCGAAUCCACUUUCCUCUUAUUGUCACAAGUUUUAUGUUUGAUGUUGCCAUUCACGGAUUGCUGCAUUGUACAUUUUACUGGAAUGUAAAGUGUUGAUUUGUGAUGAUAGUUAAAUAUUUUUGUCCAUUUUUUUUAUUUUGAUAUGUAUUUUUAUUGUACAUUUGCUGUCUGAUAGAACUGUCGGUCUGAGAUGAGGACACUUUUCUGUCAUGAAAAGGUUAUGAAGGAAGAGGCGCUGACACAGAUUAAGGGAGGUCAUUUGUUUUUUUGCACAGAAGCAGAUAUACUAAGCGUGUGUGUGACUGUGAUUCCAGCAGUCUAAUUUUAUUCAAUGCAACAGAUGGACAAAUGAAGAGAAACAAAGUGGACACAUGAUACGUGUUGGCUUGUUAACAAAGAAGGUGAAGCACUGUGCGAUGAUGAAAACUUUAAAUGUUCUGUUACUUCUUGAUGAGAGUUGUUCUCCGUGCACUUAUAAUGAAGAAAGGAGAAGUGUCCUCAUCUUUUUGCUCAUCGUUUUUAACCUUCUGGUGAAACAUCUUCUCUUUACCCCUGAAAAGUACCAGCCCUGUCAAUAAAGUUGACCUCCUCUGGGUUUCCCCUUAAA